UGAGAUGGAAGAGAUCUUCGAUCUCUACAAGCUUCAGUAUUCCGAUCUAAUGGCGUUGCUGUCGGGUCAACCGCCGGAAUCAACCGAAGAAACGGAGCGGCUUCGAUUGAUUUCGGAUUCAGUAAUGCAAAACCUCGGCCGGAGCGGGGCGGGGUUGCUGUCCGUCGGCGGCGUCCCCAAGGCGGAAGCUCUCCGCCGUGCUCUGCUCCCGACGGCGCGGAAGCUUGCUCUUCUUAACAACGAUGACCGGAAACGGAUUCUCAAGCAGGAGCAUAAUUUGGGGAGCGAUGUGCCAUUGAAGAAUCCGGAGAGAACCGUGUCGUCUUUCGCGAAGCAGAUGAAGUACAACGGAGAUGGCGAUGAGAUCGAUUUCAGAAAUGAGCGUCGAGAGAUUGGCGAUGGAGGAGGAGAUUUUGAUCAUUUAGGUUCUACAUUUGGGGAAUUAGGGUUUCGGAUGAUGGAAUUGGGGAUUUAUCUCGCUCGAGCCUGCGAUAAACUGAUCGGAGGCUGCGAUCUGGAGCAGAGCUUGCUGCAGUCCGGCACGGCCAAAGGCCGACUGAUUCAUUACCAUUCCGUUGCAGACAAUAAACUGAUUACACAGGGGGCAAGCAGAAGCAGAAUCCGCCAUGGCAGAACCUGCAAAACUAAUGUAAAGGAGGAGGAAGAAGAGGAUAGUGAAUUAGAGUUAUGGCAGCAAUGGCAUUACGACUAUGGGAUAUUCACAAUUCUGACAUCUCCAAUGUUUAUGGUAUCGAAUGGAAUCAACGCGGAAGAAUCCGAAUCGCCUCUCGGCCAUAUGCAUCUGCGAGUGUAUCAUCCAACGACGAAUCGGCUGCUUAUGGCGAGGGCAUCCGAAGGGAGUUUUAUAGUUCAGGUUGGGGAGUCGGCGGAAGUGUUGUCGAAGGGGAGGCUUCGAGCGACGCUUCACAGCGUAUGCAGGCUGGCAAAGAUGGACAAUUUGAGCCGGGAGACUUUUGUAGUGUUCUUGCAGCCGUCGUGGAGCAAGAAAUUUUCGGUCUUGGACUAUCCUUUCGAUGAUUGUGAUUCGGAUGAAGGAAUUCUAUCGGUGGGAUCGAAUAGAUCAUCGAGUUUAACCAUUAAUGAGAUUGUUCCUCCUCUAAGAUCGCGGCUCAAGGAUGGGAUGACGUUUGCUGAGUUUUCGAGACAGACGACGAAGCAAUACUAUGGUUGUAAGGGUAUGCAGCCUAACAAAGGAUGAGGGGGAAAACAAUAAAGGGCUGUUUGUGGAUCAGAGAGAGAGAAAUGGUGAAAUUUUAAAAAAGAAGAAACAGAUAGAGAGGAGGACAAUGUGAUGAUUUGAGGCUACAAGGCAAAGGGAAUAAAGAGAUUGAAUUAUGCAGAGGCAAAUUUGGAGAAGCUGGGAGAGGUGAAGAGGGGUUUAUGAUGACUCAUCAGGCACGCCUUUGGUGUCAGAAACAAGAAAAUACUAAAAAAUAAAAAUGGGGAUGAUUUCAGAGUGUGUUCUCUCUGGUAGUGUUCAGUUUCCAGAUCCAAACAACCUUGGUCGGCUUCUGAUGUUGCCACUUCCUAAGACAUGUAAGGAGACAGCCUUGCACUCUCACUCAUCAUGCUCUAUGUCUUCUUUUCUUACACUAUUAAUUUACUGUGUUUUCUUUAA